GCUGAGGUUUGGUUGUCAAUAUCAUUACAGUUGAGUAGCAUUGCUCGCCUUUCGUCGAGGUUCUUGAUAAAAGUCCUCAACCCCAACGCCGCAUGUUUCGGACACCGACCUUAGAUUAUUUGAACGUGGGGAAUCAGAGUUGAGAGGCUGAGCUGCGGAUUAUGAGAUACAGCUGCAAUGGGGAGCAAGGAGCACUACCACUGGACGAGUGGCAAUGUGAAGCACAGCGGCGUGGACGACAUGGUGCUGAUCUCCAAGGUCACGGAAGACGCCAUCGUGGAAAACCUCAAGAAGCGUCUGAUGGACGACUGGAUUUUCACAUACAUUGGGCCGGUGCUGAUCUCAGUGAACCCCUUCAAGCAGAUGCCGUACUUCACCGACCGCGAGAUUGACAUCUACCAGGGUGCUGCUCAGUUUGAGAAUCCACCCCACAUUUACGCACUGUCUGACUUCAUGUACAGGAACAUGCUCAUCGACUCUGAGAACCAAUGCGUCAUCAUCAGUGGGGAGAGUGGCGCAGGCAAGACGGUGGCCGCCAAGUACAUCAUGAGCUACGUUUCAAAGGUGUCCGGCGGCGGAGACAAGGUGCAGCACGUCAAGGACAUCAUCCUUCAGUCGAACCCGCUGCUGGAAGCCUUCGGGAAUGCCAAGACGGUCCGCAACAACAACUCGAGUCGCUUCGGCAAGUAUUUUGAGAUUCAGUUCAGCCGAGGAGGGGAGCCAGAUGGCGGAAAUAUCUCAAACUUCCUUCUCGAAAAGUCACGUGUCGUGAGCCAAAACACAGAAGAGAGAAACUUCCACAUUUACUACCAGCUCUUGAAUGGAAGCUCUGGGACACAGAAGGAGGACCUGGGGAUCUCUACGCCAGAUUACUACUUCUACUUGAACCAAACUGGCAUUUAUGUUGUGGAUGACACUGACGACAACAAAGACUUCCAGGAGACCAUGGCUGCGAUGCAGGUGAUCGGCAUUCUCCCCGACGAGCAGGCCAUGGUGUUGCAGAUCGUGGCCGGGAUUCUUCACCUGGGCAACAUCUCCUUCAUGGAGCAGGGCAACUACGCUGCCGUGGAGAGCCUGGACUACCUGGCAUUCCCAGCCCACCUGCUGGGCAUCGAGCAGGACCGGCUCAUGGAGAAGCUGACAAGCCGCACAAUGGACAGCAAAUGGGGCGGCAAGUCUGAGUCGAUCACGGUGACGCUCAACACGGAGCAGGCGGCCUACACACGCGACGCGCUCGCCAAGGCCCUGCACUCGCGCCUCUUCGACUUUCUCGUGCAGGCAAUUAACAAGGCGAUUAGGAAGGAGAGGGAAGAAUACAACAUUGGGGUGCUGGAUAUCUAUGGCUUCGAAAUCUUUCAGAAAAAUGGUUUUGAGCAGUUCUGCAUCAACUUUGUGAAUGAGAAGCUGCAGCAGAUUUUCAUCGAGCUCACACUCAAGGCAGAGCAGGAAGAGUACGUACAGGAAGGCAUCAAGUGGACACCCAUCGAAUACUUCAACAACAAAAUCGUCUGUGACCUCAUCGAGAACAAAGUUAACCCGCCGGGGGUGAUGAGCAUCCUUGAUGAUGUGUGCGCCACCAUGCACGCUAAGGGCGAGGGCGCAGACACCACGCUGCUGCAGAAGCUGCAGGCCGGCAUCGGCUCCCACGAGCACUUCAACAGCUGGAACCGCGGCUUCGUCGUGCACCAUUACGCCGGCAAGGUCUCUUACGACGUGGAGGGCUUCUGCGAGCGCAACCGAGAUGUGCUUUUCCCUGACCUGGUCGAGCUGAUGCAGAGCAGCCAAUACCCCUUCUUCUACAGCCUCUUCCCCGAGAACCUGCAGGUGGAGAAGAAGGGCCGACCCACCACGGCUAGCAGCAAGAUCAAGAAACAAGCCAACGACCUGGUGAACACGCUGAUGCGAUGCACGCCGCACUACAUCCGCUGCAUCAAGCCCAACGAGACGAAGCGCCCUCGCGACUGGGAGGAGAGCAGGGUACGCCACCAGGUGGAGUACCUGGGUCUGCGGGAGAACAUCCGCGUGCGUCGCGCCGGCUUCGCGUACCGCCGCGUCUUCCAAAAGUUUCUGCAGAGGUACGCAAUCCUGACGGCGGAGACGUGGCCGGCAUGGCGCGGGGACGAGCGCCAGGGAAUCACACACAUCCUGCGUGCCGUCAACAUGGAGGCCGACCAGUUCCAGCUGGGGCGCUCCAAGGUCUUCAUCAAGGCCCCCGAGUCGCUGUUCCUCUUGGAGGAGAUGCGCGACAGGAAAUUUGACGCCUUUGCCCGCACGAUCCAGAAGGCCUGGCGCAAGUUCAACGCCCACAAGCAGUACGCCCGCAUGCGGGAGCAGGCCUCGGACAUCCUGCUCAACAAGAAGGAGCGGAGAAGAAACAGCAUAAACCGCAACUUUGUCGGAGACUACCUCGGUAUGGACGACCGACCGGAGCUCCGGCAGUUCCUGGCGAGGCGAGAGCGUGUGGAUUUCGCCGACGUCGUCAACAAAUACGACCGCCGCUUCAAGUUGGUGAAACGAGAUCUCAUCUUGACAGCUAAGUACCUGUACCUGAUCGGGCGUGAGAAGGUGAAGAAGGGACAGGAGAAAGGCCAGCUGAUGGAGGUGCUCAAAAACAAAAUCGAAAUUGACAAAAUCCAGUCCAUCUCGCUCAGCACUUUGCAGGAUGACAUGUUCAUCGUUCACGAGCGCGAGGACGACAAUCUCCUGGAGUCUGUCUUCAAGACCGAGCUCCUCAGCCUCCUGUGCAAGCACUUUGAGGAGCUCACCAAGCAGAAGCUGCCCCUCAACUUCAACAACACGCUGGAGUUCCGGGUGAAGAAGGAGGGCUGGUUUGAGAGGGGUGGCACUCGCCAGGUGUCAUUUGUGUGCAAGACUGGAGACGUCGCAAUUUUGAAAUCCAGUGGCCGAGUUCUUACCGUGGCCAUCGGCCGGGGACUGCCCUCCAGCUCACGCCCAAACAGAAAGGAGAUCAUGAGAGGCAAGGGGAGAGGCAGGGGCUUUACAGCGCAACCAUCUUAUAAUAAACAAAUCCAGCAACGUCCACUGCCAGCCGCUAACGCAGGCUACAAAGGACCCCAGCACCAGAAGCAGCAGCAGCAUCGCAAUGGUGCGCCGCCUUCUCAGCGUCAGCCCACGUGUUCAGCCAAGGCACCCGCCUAUGCCCAGCCCAACAUAAAGGGUGGCACCAAAAGGCAGCAACAGCAGGAACUACCUCACCUGCCACGCCACGCAUCUAACGUGCGCGCCCCUACCGCUGCCCAGACCAAACGUGACAUGGACUUCAUGCGGGUGCCGGAUCAGGGUGCGGCGGGCACCCAGAGGCAGGUGUCCCAGGUUCGCCCUCCGCCGGGAGGCGGAAGAUCCAAGCCUUCCAUGCAAGCCAGAGCAGCCGCUUUCCCGCGCUGUCGUGCCAUAUACCAGUACGACGCGCAGGACACGGACGAGAUCAGCUUCAGCAUCGGCGAAGUCUUCGACCUCACCCGGGAAGAUCCAUCUGGUUGGUGGACUGGGUGCAUCCGUGGCAAGGAGGGAAUGUUUCCUGGGAACUACGUGGAGAAAAUAUGAGCAGCUGGCCUUGAAAUGUGCAACCUGGGUGUUUCAAAUCCUCAGCAUGCCUUCACAGUGGUAGAGAGCAAAAGUGUAAAACAUCUCUGUGUACUUGAUCUCGAGCACACCUGGCAAUGUAUGUGUUGUUUCCUCAUUAGUGCACUCACUUGCAUAUUAGGCAGUGGUUUUCAACCUUUUUAGUAUGGUGCCCCCCAACCCCAGCCCCUGUGCGCCCCCCCCCCCCGCCAUGAGAAAAAAUAUUGAGCAAUCAUCAAAGCUAAUCAGAUACUGAAGACGCACUGACUCUACAUAUUCAAGUAAUUUUCCAUGCAUCCAACUGCCUUCUGGUUGGCUGGGUGACACAGGCCCUCUUUGUCUCUUUAAUCGGUGCCCAUGUGCCAGCAAUUGAGUCUCAUGGUAUUUUCACGAGGACAAACUUGAUGCAGGGCUAAAUAAAGUGCCAGGGUAAUUUAAUUGAUGGAAAUGUAACAAUUUCACUUUAAUAUGAUUGGUUCUUUCGGUAAAGUCACGUAGAUAGAAAAUAAAAAAUUAUAAAAUUCAAAUUAAUUGAAAAUAAGAAAAGCAAAAAACCCACGACGUUUCGAUCACAACACACGCGGUCUUCAUCAGGCGGUGGCUUCACUUUAAGCCACCGUAAAUUGCCAUCCAGAUAAUGCAUUUGAUAAUAAAGUCCAUAGUUUCACAUAAGAGACAUACCAUGCUAUUAAUCUGUAAACGGAUGAAAAUUUCUCACCAAAAAAAAAUCAGUUUUUAUCUAAACAGAUAUUUGGAAUAUGAAUCAUGAUUUUUUUAUGGAAAUUUUUUGAGGCCUUUGACUUCUAUGAAGUCUACAUCAUGGGACCUCCUUUGCCAGUACCAAAAUAUGAGAAUAGAUUUUCCCCUUUUAUCUGGCAACAAAACAGCUGUUCAGAUGUUAAAACACCAAACUGAAACCGUUUACAAGGAAUCAUGUCUGCAUUAACCACAAUACUUGUGGUCAGAAUGCAAACAAAAAACAAAGAAAGCUGUCUCUGGUGUGGACCAAUCAGUUUAAAAGACAAUGCAUAUAUUCAUCUUCUUGGUUCUUUCGGUAAAUUCACGUAGAAGGGAAAUAAUAAAAUAAUAAAAAUGAAACAUAAUAAAAUACAAUUCUCACGACGUUUCGGCCACAACGCAAGCAGCCGUCCUCAGGUGAAGAACAGGUCUGUCGGAAAGACGUUGUGGCCGAAACGUCGUGAAAAUUGUAUUUUAUUAUGUUUUAUUUUUAUUAUUUUAUUAUUUCCCUUCUACGUGACUUUACCGAAAGAACCAAGAAGAUGAAUCCCUGCAGUCACGAAAGCUUUAAAUCGAAAUUUAAUGCAUAUAUUAUCAGAGUAUGUUUUUGUUUGCAUUUUGACCACAAGUAUUGUGGUUAAUGCACACAUGAUUCCUUGUAAACGGUUUUAGUUGGUGUUUUAGCAUCUUAACACCUGUUUUGUUGCCAGAAAAAAGGGGAAAACCCAUUCUCAUUCUAUGAGGUCUUUUGGUAAACAAAAAAAUUACAUCUGGUAUUCAUAGCAUGUCUCCAAUGAUUCCAUUCACUGAAACAUUUUAUUUUUACAAGGAAAUUUUUUUCUGAUGCCAUUAUUAACACACAUCAUACUUGAAAAUGUUUCACCGUUUUGCAAUUGUAAAUGAUUGUCAUUUGAAGGCAGUUGUUCAGAAUUUUCUCUUUGCUACAGCAUAAAAUAUGGUGCUUUGUUAAAUGAAGCAAAGCUGUUAUCUAGCAAUAGAUUUCUAUAAUUAAAGUGUAAUAAUACACUGCUUUCCAUAAUAAAAGUGUUUGGGUUAGAUCGAUUAAAUGUAAAUGUGUCGUUAAACCCGCUAACACCCGAUAGAGCCAAUUAGUAAGGUUUGUCACGUAAACUUGACACGUAAAACAUAACAUGUUUAAGUGACAAACCUUACUAAUUGGCUGUGUUGGGUGGUGGUGGGUUUAACGACACAUUUAAAUUUACGCGAUCUACCCCAAAAACCUCUAUUAUGGAUGUGUUAAAAUACACUGCUUUAUUACAAUACGUGCAAAAUAGUAUACAGUACUAUCAUGUUAAGUGUUAAUCACACGUUAAUACGUAUUCAUGAGUUGGAAAUUGAACCCAUUAAUCUAAACACAAAUGCAAAUUGCUUUGUUGUACGGUCAGUGACAUUGUGAAAUAUAUGCAAGUAAUAAAUACAU